AUGGAUCAUAUUGUAUUUGCUGUUAAUUGUGGCGGAGAAGCACAUACAGAUAUGCAUGGUAUAAGAUAUCGUAAAGAUUAUUUAAAAAUGGGCAUUACGUCUGACUAUGGACGUAAUUCGGAUAUAUAUCGUGUAGCAAGAGAAGAUAUGGCUCUUUAUCAAACUGAACGUUAUGAUCUUCAAAAAUUCUCAUAUGAAAUAGAUCUAAGCGAUGAUGGUGAUUAUGUAGUUUGGAUGAAAUUUGCUGAAGUUUGGUUUAAUGGACCCAAUAUGAAGGUGUUUCAAAUUCUUCUUGAUGAUGAACAUUCUAUUAUUGAUGAAUUAGAUAUAUUUUCAAAAGUUGGUCGUGCUACAGCACAUGAUGAAUAUAUACCAUUUCAAAUAAAAAAUGGUCGUUUAGUUGUCAAAGGUCGAAGUUCAUCUUAUUCAGGAAAAUUAAAAAUUACUUUUCAACGACUUGAUCAUCGGGAUAAUCCAAAAGUGAAUGCACUGAUCAUUUGGCGAGGCUCAGUUGAACAAAUUCCUAAAUUAUCACCGAUACCAGAAAUGGAAUUAGCUGAUGAACCAUUAGAUGAAGAUGAGAAUGAGUAUGAAGAAACAGUUGCUAAACCAACAAACGUAAAACGUACUCUUAAAACAAGUGGACCACAAAUUUUAGAUCCAUAUGCCGAAGAUUCAUCAAGUUUAUUUGUACCUUUUUUAAUAGCAUUAGCUGUUGUUUUACCGACUAUUUUUUGUCUUUGUCGGCUUUAA